AAAACUCCUUUUAUUCUCAAGCCAGACUGCUAUGGACCGUUCCUAGUUGGUUAAAUUUUCCAGAGAAACCUCGAAUUGACGGGUCCCGGCCCGAGCGUCUCCAGGCAGGAAGUCUCCCAAGGCCGCGCCUGCUUUAAGAGAGGGGCGGUGCUCUGCCCGGAGGAGGCGGAGAAAUCCCCUCCCUCCCCCGGAUCUCCGGCUUCCGGGAACCCGCAGGAAGGCCACUAGUGCGGAGCAUCCCAGGCCCCAACCCUCCCUGGACAGCUGGACCCUCUCCCUGCGAGACACCAUCAUGAACCCGUUUUACAGAUGAGGAAGCUGAGUCCUCGAGGAGCGCACACACAGCAGAGAAGCAACAGAAUCGGGACUCAAACCCAGACCCCCGGAAAUUCUCUUCCUCACCCCUGGGAACAGAGCCUCUGGCUGAAUGGCAGCUGCAGAUGACUUGCAGUUUGAAGAAUUUGGCGAUGGGGCCACUCUGCUAGCCACAACCCCAGAUGCUACCACAAUAAGCAUUGAGGAUCCUGAUGAGACUUCCAAACACCAAGCCAGACCCCGAGGAAGCUCGGGGAGAGAAGAGGAUGAUGAGCUGCUGGGAAACAAUGACUCUGACGAGACUGAGUUACUGGCCGGCCAGAAGAAAAGCUCUCCCUUCUGGACAUUUGAAUACUAUCAGACAUUCUUUGAUGUGGACACUUACCAGGUCUUUGACAGAAUAAAAGGGUCUCUGCUGCCGGUUCCUGGGAAGAACUUCGUGAGGCUGUAUGUCCGCAGCAACCCAGAUCUCUACGGCCCUUUUUGGAUAUGUGCCACCUUGGUCUUUGCCAUAGCAAUUAGUGGGAACCUUUCCAACUUCUUAAUCCAUCUGGGAGAGAAGACAUACCAUUACGUGCCCGAAUUCCAAAAAGUAUCCAUAGCGGCUACCAUCAUCUAUGCCUAUGCCUGGCUCGUGCCUCUGGCUCUUUGGGGCUUCCUCCUGUGGAGAAACAGCAAAGUGAUGAACAUCGUUUCCUACUCGUUUCUGGAGAUCGUGUGUGUCUACGGCUACUCGCUCUUCAUUUAUAUCCCCACAGCAGUGCUGUGGAUCAUUCCCCAGAGAGUUGUUCGUUGGGUCCUAGUCAUGGUUGCCUUGGGCAUCUCGGGGUCUGUGUUGGCAAUGACAUUUUGGCCAGCUGUUCGUGAGGAUAACCGGCGCGUCGCCUUGGCCACCAUUAUAACGAUCGUGUUGCUUCACGUGCUGCUGUCCGUGGGCUGCUUGGCUUACUUCUUUGACGCCCCAGAGAUGGAUCAUCUCCCAACAGCUACAGCCACUCCCAACCAGACAGUCGCAGCAGCCAAAUCCAGCUAAUAGGGAAGCAGUUUUCAUGUCGUGGGUUCUCUCACGUUUGGUGGUGUGUGGCUCUUCUGGACACAACGUCUGCCACCAGAAAGCAGGAUGAGCAACGUCAGCAGGGUCCUGCUGUUGCCUUGAAGCCUUGUCCCAGUUUAACAAGAAUUAAGUGUUGGUUUGGGGGUGUCAGUCACACGAUAGAGUCUUGCCUGGUGUCUGUGAGGCCCUGAGAGUCCAACCCUGGAAAUAAAAUGCAGCCGUGUUUGA